AUAAUAAAAAUAUAGACAAAAUUAGAACUAAAAUUAAAAUAUUGUUAUUUUUUUUUAAAUCAAAUACUCACCUUGAGAAUUGCAUAUAGGAUAAAGGUUCAUAAAAAAAUGUAAAGCAAUGUAGAAUCACAUCAAUACUUUUCUUACUAAAUUCACAGUCAAAAUCCACCGACUUUUUCUCUGGAACUUUUAUCUAGCUCGAUCCUUUCUUCAUCCAAACUAAAUAUUUCUUUGCCCCAAGGAUUCUUUCAUCUCAACAUGAAUUGGUUCGAAUUUGUGACGUAUUGUUCUUGAAGCUUCUGCAUUUCUUUACCAUUUAUCUUGCACAGUCAUCCACAGUAGAAACGGCAUCAGAUUCCAAAUAAAAUUUAGGCAGAGCAACGAAUAUUGAACUUUGUUAAUGGAGAAUCCUAUUCGUAUCUAUAUAAAAUGUAAUAACAAGCGGAGCUUUAUCAGCUAACAUUAACAUACGAUUUUUCUACGCCAGCACUUUUUUAUCUUGAUCAUCCUUUUUUUGCAUAGAAAAAAUGUAGCAUUUUUUCCAACAGUAUCCAAGACAAUAACAUUAAAUUUAUAAAACAAUUAACCCAUGACAAUAUUCAUGUCAACUAUGAGGCUCGAAUUCUUUCUAAAAAUGUCAUCAUUUAUCUUUACUUUUUCUUCCCCAAAUUAACACUAUACUAGUAUUUGCAUGAGCCAACCAUGGUUAGUCACGUUCAUAAGGAUACUUUGGGUGAGUGUAGGUGAAGCUUUUAAAUGUUAAUGUUAACAUUGAGAUAUGGGUGGUGUUUCCCCUACUCUAGUUAGUCCCAUCCCAUAGAAAGAGCAAGAGAGAAAAUCUAGUGAAUGGAAGUUGGAGGUUGCAGAAGAAGAAGCAGAUUUUCAUCAUAUGAGAGAUUGGCUGCUAUAGGGUUGUUGAUUCUAGCUGUGGCAUCUCCUCUCUACAUAGACAGGAAAGCCGAGUGUGAGUUGGAAGAUGAGGAGCAACCCAUCAUCGUUGAUCUUUGGUUGCCUUUUCUUCUCUUUCUAUUGAUUUUCAGCAUUGCUAUGUCAGCUUUCCUGGACAAGAGCUUUGCCGGCUUUGACCGUUACUGGAUUCAUAGAGUUAUUGGUUCUUCUGCCGAAUUUCUCUUGCAAUGCUCUUGUGCAGGACUACUCAAUACCCCUUGUAGGUAAUGAUUCAACUUUUUUAUUCUCUCUAUCUUUCUUUUCCUAUCAAAUCAUAUUAGCUAUUAUACUUGCA